AUGUCUAUGAAAGAAAUAAAAUCAUGUGACAUAAUUCUCGCAUCACCGAGUCUUUACUUACCAAGUAACACAACAAGCUCUUUAGCAAUCAAAGGCAAUAUCCAAAUUAAUCUUUCGGCUCCACUAAAAGUUACUCAAGUAAUAUUAAAACUUCAUGGAUUUGCCCAAUUUAAUAAUUCUCAAAAAGCUACAACACGAAAUUUAACGACCAAAGAUUUGAUUAAACAAAAACUUACCGUUGUAAACAUCACCAAAACUUUUAAUCCUGGUGAAACAUUGCUUCCGUUCGCUAUUACAUUGAAAGCACCGAUAAAUCUUCCAGCCAGUGUUGAGGGUAAACAUGCUGCGAUUAGAUAUGUGCUUACUGCUGAGUUGACCAAAGCUUCUCCGCAUGCAAUUCACAAAAUCUCUAAAAAUGUAAUUUUACGAAAAACCACAUUAACGAAUGGUGUAGAUAUCAAUGAAAAAGUAAUUUACGAAGAUGAACGUGAAGGAUUGUUAAAAUAUAAAGUUUUUGUUUCUAAAUACUUAGCCAUUCAUGAUGAUGCCGGCGAGGAAGAUAAUUCGGAUAUUUCUGCGGAACCUCGUGGUGUCGUUAAAGUUGAAGCUACUUUUGAAUCAUUGGAUAAUGCUGGUGUUAAAGAAGUGAAAGUUGAGUCAUUCGAGUAUGAGAUGUACAAUUUUGCAAAGUUUGGAGCAUCUGCUGGAUCAUCAUCCGCUUCUAGUACAUCAAAAUC